AUGGAACUAAACUUCUACGAGAUGCACUUUGAAGCGACAGAGCAGCCCAAACUGGAGGGAAACACGGAUGCAUGCAGUUUCUCCCUCCUGUGCAUGACCAGCAACGGUGACGCAUUCUGUUCUCUUAACGACAAAGUUUACCACAUCUUAUGGAACCAUGGAGAUGAUGAUCUAGAGCGCCGGCUUUGUUUUACGCCUGGUAAAGACGGGCGCUUGCACAAGGACGAGAUAAUCCUUCUAGACGCACUGCACACCGAAGCUGGCACAAUCGUAGCCGUUGUCUAUUAUCAUGAUCACCACGGCGGACAAUACACUCUAUCAGUCUUCCAACUGGAUCUGAAUACUUUAAAACUAAAGGCUAAGCAGGAGGAGAACCUGCACAAGAAACCCAACCUGGUGAGGUUAUCACGUGACCUGUACAGUUCCCACAUCUCAGUAUUUGCUACCUACUACAGUGACCCGUGUGUACAGGUGUUUCAGUACACUAACUCGGGGUUUAUCAGCAAGGUAGAGGACAUCAAGGUCAAGGAGCACUAUCCAGGGUUGUUCAAGUGUAUGUUCCGACCAGCACCGGACAAGCGAACAAUAUCACGUGAGGACCAUCACUCUAUGGGACCAGAAAAACGAGCAGUUCAGGAGUAUAUCUUGUGUAUAGACGUCCUGUUAGAAGGAGAUAUGCAAUAUCUAGCCUACGGCACGGUUGAUGGCAACAUUCACGUGCAAGUAUCAAGUUCACAUCAUGGUGUUGCCUGGCAAGCUAUGUAUGAUUGGGAGGGCCCUAUAUCGGCUAUCAGGAUUUUCAAAGUCAAAGGUUAUGUGUGCCUUGUUGGAGCUUGUAUGGUAGAGCAAGUCAUUCUUAUCACUGAUAUAAAUCACACUAAUAAACUACAUAAUAGGAUUGUUCUUCCGGAAUCUAAUCUAUUCGAUAGUGUUACGUGUCUUAGCAUCAUGGAUAUUGAUUACGAUGGUGAUAGUGAGAUACUUGUAGGCACAUAUGGGAGAAUAUUCCUGGUGUACAAACUGCAUCUAUCUGAGGGAAAUCUGGUGCCGUACAUCGUAUAUAGGAGACACUACAAUAGCCCAAUUUAUGGUAUUUGUCAUUCAGAUAUAACAGACGAUGGUAUUCAUGAGAUUAUCGUACUGACUUUCAAUGGAAUUCACGUUCUCCAGAGGUGUUUGAGAUCUGCUCAGCAGUAUAUUCAGAAGCUGAUUGAUAGUUCAGGGUCAACUCAGAUCAAAUGUCCUUUUCAAAGUGAACAUUUUUCUGAUAAUUAUGCUAGUACUCCAGAAUACUGAUUUGUUUUUGAUUUUCUUAAUUUUUGUGCUGUCGAUGAUUUUUACCCAAUUAUACAAUUAUGUAUCAUGUUUAUAAUCUAUUUCUUAUAAUGAUCAGAAAAUUUACUGAAUUACAA